AGUCCAGAAGUUAUAAAUGAUCUGGUGACGAGCUGAGCUUGCAAUGCAGGCAAUAAAAACCGUGGAAAAAGAAGUUACUUUUAUAAAAGAAACACUUUUCACAGAAUCCUUCCUACAGAAACAGGAUUGCAGCAAAAGCCCGGAGAGCAAGCAGCUCUGUGAGCAGCAGCCAUUGGAAGGAGCUGUCUGCAGCUCUCAGUGCUGUACUGAGCAUGUCCCAGCGGAGCCCAGUGCAAGCAGCACAUUAUGCAAAAAGGCAGUUCUAGCAGAUGGGAGAGAGGCACAGCAAGCAUUUGCUUCGUUUGCAUCACUACCGCUUGAAAACAAACCUGGAUCGCUAGAGGGGAUCCUGCCGGCAGGCCAAAGGAGUGAAAUCCAGGAGCAUGGCUUGAUUGCUGAAGGUGUUGCACUACGAAAAAUCAUGGGAAAUCAAGAUGGGAAGCUAAAGAAAAAUACAGGUGAUGUGUCUGAAGGAGGAGAGGAUGCCUCUGGGCCCAAGGAUACAGAUGGCACAAAGAAGGUAUCGGGAAGCAGAAGGGGUCUGGGGAAGCAUGCAAAAGGAAGUGAAUCCGGUAAGAAGAAGGGUAAGUCGGACUCGAGGGCCUCGGUGUUUUCAAAUCUGAGGAUCAGAAAAAAUCUGUCCAAGGCUAAAGAUGGGAAUAGCAGCUCACGGGAGGAUGUUUUGGAUAGCCAGGCCGUGCAGGCUGGAGAGCUGGACAGUACUCAUUCAAUUAUAACCAAAACUCCAGAUAUAAGCAUCUCUGCAGAUGAAGGGGGUCUCUCAGACACAGAUGUGGAACAUUUUGAAAUCAGAAAUGAAACUGUCCCAGCUGCUGCAGAGGCACAGGAUGGACAAAGGACCAGCUCUGGCUCUGAUACAGAUAUAUACAGUUUCCAUUCAGCCACAGAACAAGAGGAUUUGCUUUCUGAUAUCCAGCAAGCUAUUAGACUGCAGCAGCAGCAGCAGGGAGCAAUUAAUGUUGGAACUGAGGACCUUGUCACCAAAACAAUGGGCCGACACAUGGAUAAUUCGCAAGCAGCCCCCUUAGAUUUUGAACGGUUUCUUUCGAUAACUACCACUGACAAAGAGAGGAGCCCAGACACUGAGGGGGCUUUUCCAGCAUUAUCUAAAAUUGUGGAAAAUGUUCCCAUCACCUGUGCAACUGAACGUGAAGUGAAAGAAGAAGUAAAUGGCACAAGCUCUCCUGGUAACGGCUUAUUUGAAACACAAGAACGUAAGCGAUUGAUUGAGGAGCAGCUCGUUGCUGGAGUGGAUGCUGUAGCUAGUGAACUGAAAGAUGAUUUGAAUAGAACUGCCGUAGGAAAUGGUUCUCAGACAUCCAGCUCCACACGACCUUUUCCGACCUCUGUAGCAGAUGCUGAGACUAAAAUUACUGGAGUGCAGGCUGUUGAUUUGCAGCACUCUGUAACAGAGGAUGGUAUUUCAGAUGCAGGCUGUGAUCAUGCUCAUGAGAAUCAGGAAGAGAAAAGCACUCUGUCGGCCAGUCAAGAGGACCUGCGUAAUGAUUUAUCCACAGAAAUGAAAAAUGUCACUUUGUCCUCUGAGGGGACAGCAGGCAGUCAGAUUCUUGGUUCCCGAUGCUUUAAGCCCUAUCUAAUUAAUCCAUGUUACAUUAAAACCACUACCAGGCAACUGAGUUCUCCCAACCAUUCACCAUCUCCCUCCCCAUCCCAGAGCCCUCUUUUUACAAGGAGGCAGGAGUCUUUCCACACAAAAGAAAAGGUCUCGGUCAAGAAGCAGAGGUCUGCUAGUUUGACAGGUGUAUUUAGUCGUUCUGCAGACUGGACAGAAGAGUUUUCUAAUCACAGAUGUGAAACAACACAGAAGGUGGGCUCUGCAGGCUACUUGGAGCACAAGGGGUUUAAAGAGAAAUUUCAAACAGAAAGAGUGCCUUUGACACAUUCAAGAAAGUCCUCAGGGGUGCAGGCUUCUACGGAGACAUUUCCCAAUGUCUUUUCAGGACGAACUCUGCUGGAAAAGCUCUUCAGCCAGCAGGAAAAUGCGCCACAAGAAGAAGCAGAAAAACUGUGUUCCCGCAUUAUUGCAAUGGGUCUUUUGCUUCCAUUCACUGACUGCUUCAGAGAACCAUGCAAUCAGAGUGCCCAGCAAAGCACACCCACUUUUGAUCAAGACCAGCUUUAUACUUGGGCUGCAGUUAGCCAACCCACACAUUCAUCAGAUUACAUUGAAGGAAACUUUCCAAGGAAAAUUCCACCUGUGUGGCCCCCACCCAAACCUCCAGAUGAAGAACGAAGACUCAAAAUUACUGAAGAAGAGGUAAAAUCUACAGUUCUAGAAGCAGAGAAACAAUACACAGAAGAUUUUCAGCAGAUACAGGAUGAUUUUGAGGUGAAAUCUGAGGAGCGUGCCAGUGUCAUUCAACAACUUGAGCGGACUAUUGAGGAUCUGAGGACCAAAAUUGCAGAACUAGAGAAACAGUUCCCUGCUGCAGAGCUCCAGACUGCUGGGAGGGAGCAAGAAAAUGAGCACACACAAACAGUCUGUGGGGAACUCAGCAGUGUGACUCUUCAAACAAAGAGUGAGGAGACUGUACCCAGGACUGUGUCACAAGCAAGAUCUGUACAAACGUCACCAACAGAGGAUUAUUUAACACACGCAAUGCCUUCAGCCAGUGCACUGCCACAGCCACCCCCCCCACCACACUUGGAAGGGGGCAAAAGUGAAGGAUCAACUGAGAAAUUGGCAGCUCUAGAACUACAGCCCAUGUUUUGUUCUGAAAUCUCCUUAAUUCUUUCACCGAAGCUAAUUUCGGUGCCGCUGGAUGCAAGCCAAUCGGUACAGAGCACGCCGCAGUCACCUCUUCCAGCACCCAAAGUUAAUUUGUCCUCUGUGUUUGAAGGAGAGACUGAAAUGCCAUCUUCCCAUCAGCCUCUAAGUACUGUAGAUGUGACUUGUUCUCCUUCUUUGCCCGUGGAGCCCACAUGUAGCAUUCCCACAUUACAGCCAGCCACAGAACUGGCUACUCCGUUGUCUGGAGCACAUGGCCCUUCCCUUGCCACUCCUAUGUCCAUGCCAGGAGUACCACCCCCACCACCCCUGCCGAGCUCAGAAUUUCCUCCUGCUGGCUCAGUGGUGCCACACCUGGACCACUCGUUGCCUGGUGUGCCACCACCCCCUCCGCCUCCACCUUUGCCAAAUGGGGAGAUGCUGGCGCUGCCUCUAGCCCCUCCUCUCCCAAGUGCUGGAGUCCAACCACCACCUCUUCCAAUACCUUUGCCAGGAGCAGGAGUCCCACCCCCUCUGUCCAGUUGGGGAAUCCCACCUGCCCCUCCACCACCACCUUUACCUGGGGCUGCCACAGAACUGGCUACUCCGUUGUCUGGAGCACAUGGCCCUUCCCUUGCCACUCCUAUGUCCAUGCCAGGAGUCCCACCCCCACCACCCCUGCCGAGCUCAGAAUUUCCUCCUGCUGGCUCAGUGGUGCCACACCUGGACCACUCGUUGCCUGGUGUGCCACCACCCCCUCCGCCUCCACCUUUGCCAAAUGGGGAGAUGCUGGCGCUGCCUCUAGCCCCUCCUCUCCCAAGUGCUGGAGUCCAACCACCACCUCUUCCAAUACCUUUGCCAGGAGCAGGAGUCCCACCCCCUCUGUCCAGUUGGGGAAUCCCACCUGCCCCUCCACCACCACCUUUACCUGGGGCUGGUGUCUCUCCCCCACCUCCUCCUCUUCCUAGCCUGGGAAUGCCACCCCCACCCUCAGCACCACAGCUGCCUGGAGCAGGUCUGCCACCACCUCCUCCACCUCUGCCUGGAGGGGGCAUCCCACCCCCUCCUCCUCCACCACCACCUCUUCCUGGUACAGGCAUCCCACCCCCUCCUCCUCCUCUGCCUGGUGCAGGUGUCCCUCCUCCACCUCUGCCACCACCUCUGCCUGGUGCAGGUGUCCCUCCUCCACCUCCGCCACCACCUCUGCCUGGUGCAGGUGUCCCUCCUCCACCUCCGCCACCACCUCUGCCUGGUGCAGGUGUCCCACCUCCACCACCACCUCUGCCUGGUGCAGGUGUCCCACCUCCACCACCACCUCUGCCUGGUGCAGGUGUUCCUCCUCCACCACCUCUGCCUGGUGCUGGUGUCCCUCCACCACCUCCCCCUUUGCCUGGGUUGGGGAUGCCACCUCCAGCCCCACCACCUUUGCCUGGAGAAGCACCACCCCUUCCAGUGCCAGCCCAGGGCAGCACCUACCCAGCAGUCCCACAGGUCUGUGGGUUUCUUCCUCCUCCAUUACCAUCUGGUUUAUUUGCAAUGGGGAUGCACCAGGAGAAAGGAAGCAGGAAACAUGUGAUAGAGCCUUCUCGGCCAAUGAAGCCUCUUUACUGGACAAGAAUUCAGCUCCACAGUAAAAGAGAUUCUAGUGCUUCACUUGUGUGGGAAAAAAUUGAAGAGCCUUCCAUAGAUUAUCAUGAGUUUGAAGAACUGUUUUCUAAAACAGCUGUUAAAGAGAGGAAGAAACCCAUUUCGGACACCAUUACAAAAACAAAGACUAAACAAGUUGUCAAGUUAUUAAGUAACAAAAGAUCUCAAGCUGUUGGAAUAUUAAUGUCUAGUCUUCAUUUAGACAUGAGGGACAUUCAGCAUGCUGUUGUGAACUUGGACAACUCUGUGGUUGACCUAGAGACCCUUCAAGCGUUGUAUGAGAAUCGAGCACAAUCAGAUGAAUUAGAGAAAAUAGAAAAGCAUAGCAAGGCAUCCAAGGAAAAAGAGAACGCCAAGUCUUUGGAUAAGCCGGAACAGUUCCUCUAUGAACUCUCCCUAAUUCCCAACUUCUCAGAACGUGUAUUUUGCAUCCUGUUCCAAUCAACGUUUUCAGAAAGCAUUGGUUCAAUCCGUCGCAAACUUGAAUUGUUACAGAAACUAUGUGAGACAUUGAAAAAUGGGUCAGGAGUUAUGCAGGUUCUGGGUUUGGUUCUUGCCUUUGGAAAUUACAUGAAUGGUGGAAACAGGACACGAGGACAGGCCGAUGGGUUUGGACUAGAUAUCCUGCCAAAACUGAAAGAUGUCAAAAGCAGUGACAACAGCAGAAGUCUUCUGUCUUACAUUGUCUCAUACUAUUUGCGUAAUUUUGAUGAGGAUGCUGGAAAGGAACAAUGCAUAUUUCCUCUUCCAGACCCACAAGAUCUCUUCCAGGCUUCGCAAAUGAAGUUUGAAGACUGUCAAAAAGAUCUCCGCAAAAUGAAGAAAGAUUUGCGAGUAUGUGAGACAGAAGCAGCAAAAGUUUAUCAGCUAUCACUAGAAGAGCACCUCCAGCCUUUCAAAGACAGCAUGGAGCAAUUCAUUAGUCAAGCUAAAAUAGACCAAGAAAAUGAAGAGAAGUCACUGACAGAAGCACAUAAAAGCUUUUUGGAAACUGCAGCCUAUUUCUGUAUGAAACCAAAAAUGGGAGAGAAAGAGGUGUCCCCACAUUCUUUCUUCAGUAUUUGGCAUGAAUUCAGUUCUGACUUCAAAGACUUCUGGAAGAAAGAAAACAAACUUAUUCUUCAAGAAAGAGUUAAAGAAGCAGAGGAAGUCUGCAGGCAGAAAAAAGGGAAAUCGCUAUACAAUAUAAGACCAAAACAUGACUCUGGAAUUAAAGCAAAGAUAAGCAUGAAAAUCUAA